GAGCAGAUGGAGGAGGAGUGGGCUGGGGGAGGCUUUUGUUAUGAUAGUAAAGGCUGAACCUCGGUCAGCGGUUUCUCCUCACCGGGGUCACGUUUGGAGGAGAUUUUUUUUUUUUUAACCGGAGCGGAGAGAGGAGGGCGGAAAACUGCGGAUUCACUUCAGGAGGAGAAAACAGAGAGGAAACAAGUCUGCGGAAACAUCCAGUGAUGGUCGACUGUAGAAACCAGAUCAUGUGGCUUCAGCUACGAUCCCCCCCCCUCCCUUCACGCCUCGGGCCUUAGAUGUGACUGAGAUCAGCUGUGAUGGGGAUCCACAGCCUGCUGUCCCUCUCUGUGGUCCUGCUGAGCUGUGUGAGUCCGAGUGAGACCGGGCCGACUCCCAGAGUCUCCUUCAGUCUGGGGAGUCCUGGGAGACUUGUGACCCGCUUCAGCAGCCCUGACGUCAGUAACACCACCACCCUGCUGCUCAGCCACGACGGGGACUUGCUGUAUGUGGGGGCCCGGGACGCGGUGUUAGCACUGGAUGUUAGCAACGAGGACGCUAUCACACUGAGGAGCAAGCUGGACUGGAGUCCGUCAGAGAAAGACCUCGAACAAUGCUCCAUGAAAGGAAAGAAGAUGUCCGACUGUCCAAACUUCAUCCGAGUUCUGCAGUUCCUGAACAGCAGCCACGUCUACGCCUGCGGGACGUUCGCCUUCAGUCCACGCUGCACCUACAUUAACUCCGAGACGUUAACGAUGAGCCUGAAGCCCGACGAGGGACGAGGACGCUGCCCCUACGAUCCCUACCAACGCAACACGGCCAUCAUCGUGGAUGGCGAGCUGUACACGGGGACGGUGGCAGACUACCGAGGAAACAGACCCGUCAUCUCCAGACACCUGAGUGAGGGCCGGCGAGUCGACCUGAAGCUGGACGACACGUUGGGAUGGCUCGAGGAUCCGACCUUCAUCAGCUCCAGCUUCGUCCCUGACGAGGAGAAGAUUUAUUUCUUCUUCAGUGAGGUGGGCAGAGAGUACGACUUCAUCGACAAGUUCAUCGUCUCUCGGGUCUCUCAGAUCUGCAUGAGUGACGUGGGGGGCCAGCGGACCCUGCAGAGACGUUGGACUACGUUUGCUAAAGCUCAGCUGCUGUGUCAGGCCGACAACGAGCUGCCUUACAACGUCAUCCAGGACAUCGACACACUCGCGCCAGCAGAGGGCGCUCCGGCAGACGACACACUCUUCUACGGCAUCUUCACCUCCCAGUGGUCUGUAAACUCUGGACGCUCGGCUGUGUGUUCGUUCCGUCUGAGUGACAUCAAGUCGGUCUUCUCUGGAAACUACAAAGUCCUGAACCGGGACACGUUACAGUGGAGCACCCGGGUUCAGGAGAAGGUCGCCAAUCCAGGAGAGUGCGGCCUUCACAACGCGUCCGAUAACGCUCUACGUUUCGUCAAAGAGAACUUCCUGGCAGACGACAGCGUGCGGCCUGUGGGGAGGACUCUGACCAUGGUUUCUGCUGAGCACACAUACAGUCACCUGAGCGUGCAGAGGGUGCAGGCGGUGAACCAACGGGACUACACCGUGCUCUUCCUGCUCACAGAGUCUGGAUACCUGCACAAAGCGGUGCUGCUGCAGGCCGGGGCUCACAUCGUAGAGGAGGUUCAGGUGUUUGUGCAGCCGCAGCCCGUCAAGAGUCUGAAGCUCUCCACAGCGCAGGGAGUGAUCUAUGUGGGCACGUCCGAGGGGGUGGUCAGGGUCCCCACAGCCAACUGCUCUGCGUACUGGACCUGUCCUCAGUGUGUUCUGGCCCGAGACCCGUUCUGUGGCUGGGACCCAAACAGCAGGGCCUGCGUGAGGGUCUCCAACUCCAAAAGCAGUCUAGUUCAGGACGUGGACCGAGGGAACGUGGAGGAGGCGUGCAGCAGCGUGUCGUUAACACACAGAGCCAGAUUCAGCCCCAACAAACUGUCUGCAGCUUCGUGUCCUGCAGGUGAGCUGGUCUCGGUCUCUCUGAACGAGGUGGUCCGGCUGCAGUGUCCCCCGUCCUCCCGUCUGUCCCGGCAGCAGUGGGAGCGUCCCAACAGCCGUCUGUCCUCCGAGCUGUACCUGCACCUGGAGGACGGCAGCCUGAGCUUUGUGGCCACGCCCACCACGCUGGGUCACUACCUGUGCCUGUCCACGGAGAACGGCUUCCAGCAGACCGUGGCCAUCUAUCACGUCAGACAGAAGAGCAGCAACACGGCUCAGUCCCAGCCCAGCUCGCACCCUGUCACUCAGGCGGGGGCCCGACCGGGGCCCAGAUCGAAGCUCUCUGAGGGAACCUCAGAAGAAUCAGAACUGGGGAGGACUGAGCCCACACAGUCAAGCAGAGAUGCUCAGACCCCUACCCCACAGCAGGACAGAGACCCCGCCCUGUGGACUCAGGAGUCAGGGCUCAGAGGGACUAAGCUUUGGGAGGAGGGGCCCCUGAUGUCUGCACGGGGUCCCUCCUACCUGAAGGAGCUGGUGGUGGUGUCUGUGCUGCUGCUCCUGUGUGUCAGCCUGCUGAUCACCGUGCUGCUCUACACCUUCAGACAGCGCUGCCGCAGCCGCACCGCCCCCCAAGCGGGAACCCCCCCCAGAGGCCGCAGGACAUCCAUGGAGCAGGAGGCCCUCAGGGGCCCCUGUGCGAGCAAACGAAACGGGAAGACCCCGCACAGUGCACAGGCGGGGGUGCUGGUUAGUAACGGGGCUCUGACGGGGUCUAACGGACAUUUACCCAACACCCCCAUUUGACAGUUACACAAAACACACACUGAUACACACACUCACUGUUACACCUGAGAGGUGGGAGGAGCCUGUUACCACGGUGACUCUCUGUCAGUCCUGUUGGAGGUUCUGUUUAAAAGGCUAAGCUGUUUUCACACAUGUACUUAAAGCAGAAUGCAGCAAUGCUUCCUCACUUGCUUGUUCACACAUGCACCUCGCAGCGGGAGAUGAUUCCUGCUGACAGGGGGGGGGGCUGUUUUUUGUUCACACAGGAGUUUUGUGCAUGUGUGAAAGAACCGAACCACUAGAAUCUUGGUACACCUGUGAGGACACCUGUCAGUCAGAUGAACGAUGUUUAAAAUGUGAUGAACAAUCUGUGAAGGUACUUUGUGUUGUUCCACACACUGACUCAGUUCGUCUGCGCUGUAAAGUACGAGUUCACCUGACUGUAAGAGGUUUCAGAGAAGAAACUUUGAUAUGAAGCCACAAACUGAAGCCACAGUUUUCAGUCUCUUUUCAUGAGGUUAGUAAUUCUCAGGAGGUCAAAUGAACCAAAUGUGAAGACCGAUGUUACAUUUUUUUUAAACUCCCUCUGUGGAUUGUGAAAAUAAAGACGAGUCAGCAGCUGUUUUCAUCUCAGAAAUCUGACAAAAA